AGGGGUGGAGUUCCAAAAAAAUAGAGAAAGCAAAGAAAAUGACAGCCUCCAUUCUCUUCACAAUAAACAUGGCCACCCCAAAUGUUUAUUGUUCGGCCCCAAGAACAAUAUCCCUAAAUAGAAACCGCCAAAUGACUCGCCGCCCUCGCCUGCAUGUCUCACCAUGCAACAACAAUAAGGCCCCCGCCGCCGCCGCCAACGAUGAUUGGAAGGUCGACAGAAGAAACCUGCUGGUGGGGCUCGGGGGCGUGUACGGAUAUGGGGCUUUGAAUCCGUUACUCGCCUCCGCAGACCCCAUCAACGGGCCCGACAUAUCAAGUUGUGGCCCGGCCGACCUUCCUGACAACGUCGAUAAGCUCACGAACUGCUGCCCCCCUGUGCCAGCAGGAAUCGUGGACUUCGAUAAGCUUCGGCAGCCACCGCGAUCCGCCCCUCUUCGUGUUAGACGGGCGGCUCAUCUGGUGGCCAAAGACGAAGCCUACAUGGACAAGUUCACCAAGGCGGUUGAAUUGAUGAAGGCCCUUCCAGACGACGAUCCCCGGAGCUUCCUUAACCAGGCUAAAAUCCACUGUGCCUACUGCUGCGGCGCUUAUGACCAGGCCGGUUUUCCGGACUUGGAGCUUCAAGUCCAUUUCUCGUGGCUCUUCCACCCCUUCCAUCGUUGCUACCUCUACUUCUUCGAGAGGAUAUUGGGGAAGCUCAUUGACGACCCCACAUUCGCUAUGCCCUUCUGGAACUGGGACCACCCGGACGGCAUGCAAAUGCCGUCCAUCUACAUCGCAGAUCAGAACUCCCCGCUCUACGACCGCUUUCGCAACUCAAAACACAUGCCACCCAACAUCGUUGAUUUCGACUAUGGCAUUGGAUCGGACUCAUCCAUUCUUGAUGCACAACAGCUGAUGUCUCAGAAUCUUACUAUAAUGUACCGUCAACUUGUGUCACUGGGGCCUACCGCCCGUAUGUUCCUUGGGAGCCCGUACCGUGCCGGGGAUGACCCUGGACCCGGUCUAGGAUCCCUAGAGUCUGUUCCACAUGGCAGCAUCCAUGCCUGGACCGGAGACCCGUCGCAGCCUAAUGGGGAGGAUAUGGGGUCUUUUUACACAUCUGGGAGGGACAUUAUCUUCCAUGCCCAUCACGGCAACAUCGACAGGAUGUGGGAGAUUUGGAAAACAUUAGGCGGGCGACGCCAAAAUUUCUCAGACCCAGACUGGCUUGAUUCUUCACUCCUCUUCUACGAUGAAAAUGCGCAAAUGGUCCGGAUCAAGGUGAGGGACUGCCUGGACACGAGAGACCUUGGGUACGUGUACCAAGACGUUGAGAUCCCGUGGCUAAACUCUCGUCCCACGCCACGGGCAUCCAACAAUAGGGUUCUGAGGAAAGCAAAGAAGUUUGCCGCAGAUGCAGGGACAGACACCCCUGCAGCAGCUGACAAGGUUUUUCCCCGGAGGCUCGACAAAGUUGUCAGGGCAACGGUGAGAAGGCCAACAAGAGGAAAACAUAAGAGAAACAAUGAAGAAGAAGAAGAAGAAGAAAUUCUUGUAAUCGAAGGGGUAGAGGUUGAGAAGGAUGUUUAUGUGAAGUUCGACGUGCUUGUUAACGAAGAAGACGAGGCGAUGGCCACGCCCAAGCACACCGAGUUUUGCGGGAGCUUCGUGAGCGUGCCACAUGGCGGUGAUCACCACCACCAUAAACAGCAGAAGAUGAUCAAGACUGAGAUGAGGUUAACCAUAACUGAACUAUUGGAGGAUUUGAAUGCGGAGAACGAUGACCAAAUUCUAGUGACUUUAGUGCCAAAGACGGGAUGUGAGGGUGUCAAGAUUGGUGGUCUCAAGAUCGUUUUUGAUUCUUGAUUUUACAUUAGCAUAAUAAGAUAUACUCCGUAUAAUUGUGAUCAAUUAAGUACGUUCUCGAAAUUUAACUUCUCUUGGGGAGUAGCAUUUCUUUUGAAUUCAUGCAUUUCAAUUCCAAAAUUUGAAUUCUUGAAUUUCAAAUUACAAGGGGAGGUAUAUGAAUUGAAAAUUGAGCUUUGUUAUGAGCUAGAGGAAUUUGACUCAAAAUCCAAAUCUAAAUUUUUUAAAUUUCCCAAACAAGGAAUUUGAGCCAAAUCUAGAUUUGAAAUCCAAAUCCAAUUUUCCAAACAUGCAAUUAAUUAAUUUCAUAAGU